AUGAGUGUACCACUUCGAAGCAAACAGGGCUGCUGGACUUGCAAACUACGCCGCAAGAAGUGUGAUGAGAUCCACCCUUUUUGUUCGACAUGCGAAUCGCUCUCCAUCCCGUGCUAUGGCUUUGGCCCGCGACCCGAGUGGAUGGACAAUGGCGUCAACGAGAGAGCAAUCAUGAGUAACCUAAAAGACAUCGUAAAGCACACCUCGAGACGUAAAGUCGGAUCACAGCUGCCAAAGCAGCGUGAUACAGUUGUCAAGAUAGCGCCCAAGCUGUCCGAGAAUGAUGGCAAAGACUCCUUGUCUGCUCCGGGGCCCAAACUCCUGUAUGCGGAUAAGCUUCCUUUACCCAGUGAUGCGCCAUGGCAGGAACUUGGGAUUGGCAUGCGGCAGGACGAAUCUAUGACACCCGCUUCCUCUGAGCAUAAUGAUCCAACAGUAAGGACCAAUUUGUCCAUCUCGGCGGACGAGGCUGCUUUGUUGAUGCAUUUCCUUGACAAUAUAUUCCCUUUACAAUGCCCUCUGUUCAAACCAGGAAUUCUGGAGGGUGGCCGAGGCUGGCUGCUCAAUCUUUUACUCCAAACUAACCCUCUCUACUACGUCGCACUCGCCUUCAGUACAUAUCAUCGCCGUAUGAUGAUGCCCGCUGAGACCGCCCGUCCACUACAGGCCGCCGCUUUGGUUCAGCAGGAAAAACAUCUUGGGCUUUGCAUCGCGUUAAUGAACAAGUCUGCCCAGAGAUUCUGCGGCGAAUGGAAAGGUUUGGGAAUCGCGGUCACGGUUAUCGAACUGGUGUUCUUCGAGCUCUUCACCGACAACAGCGGUGCAUGGCAGACACACCUUCGGGCGCUGUUGGGUAUGGGUCUGCAAGCUCACGAGCAACAUUACAAUGGGCGCCUCCGCCUGACUGAAUCAGCGAAACAAAUCUUACGCGAAGACCGUCCCGUCUCGCAGAAUGAGCCCACGGUCGCGGAAGAGGUAGCGUGUUUUCGGUUUGUAAACGGCACGACGACUUGGCUCGAUAUCAUCUAUGCCAUCACGACGGGAAAGGCUCCAAUUUUGCUGCCUCAUCUCUCCAGUAUACUCUCUUGCGACUCACAGUUUCAGCUGAGUGACAUCAUGGGCUGCCAAAAUAGCGUCAUGCUUCAGAUUGGACGCAUUGCUGCGCAACAUGAGCAAAACAUCCUGGUCGGGAGGGAGGGGCCGCUUAUGUACGCCGCGAUGAACCAGGGCGCGGCUGAUAUCGUGGUGGAGAUCCAGCGUUGUCUUACAGAGGAAGCAUUUGUGCGUCUCGACCUUUCGGGACGCAACUCUGCAGGCGUGUCUAGCACGAUGCACGACCCAAGGACACUUAUCACGCGCAUUUUUGCUCAAAUGGCGCUCGUCUAUCUUCAUCUGGUCGUGCAUGGCUUCCGGGAUCUGGAAUUAGUAUCAGGUGCAGCCAUUUCUGAAGUCAUGGAAAUACUUCAAAGCCAGAUCUCGCAGAGCCUGCUACCUGCUUUAGUCUUGCCGCUGUUUAUCAUUGGUGCUUCCGCGAGCGAGGGGGACCAGCCGUUCUUCCGCGACGCCUUUUCGCGUCCGCCGUUGCUGGAACCCAUGGUUAAGCACCGAGCGAGAAUCCUGCCGAUUCUUGAAGAAGUUUGGAGAAGGAAGCAGACCUUGCCAGAGUUUGGGUGGAGCGACUGCCUCGAGCUCACCCCUGAUAUCCUGCUUCUCUGA